GUAAAAACAACCGUCCAACAUUGUACAACUAAUUGUAAAUUUAUAAGUGCCGACCAUCAGGGCCGAGUUGCGACGAGAGAGUGUGUCGAUGUUAAGAUAUUAAGCAGAGUUGGGAUUACCUGGUAGUCCAGGGACCAAAGGUGGACCUGGAGUUAAAGGCGUGCCUGGUCCCAGAGGUCAUGCUGGCAUGUCCGGUGACCUUUUGGCGAGCCUGGGGUUCCUGGUAUGGAAAGAGUUCCUGGUUCCAAGGGAAGCAAAAGAGAGGACCGAUGGGCGUUCCAGGUGUCCCCCAGGGUUCGGUGCUUGGUCCACUUCUCUUCAUCCUGUACAUGCUCCCCCUCUGUAACAUCAUCCGCCGCCAUCACCUCCAAUUCCACUGCUACGCAGAUGAUGUCCAGCUAUAUCUCUCCACCCUGACUGACAGCCUCACUGAAAUCAAAUCAUGGCUGCACUCCAACUUCCUCAAACUCAACUGUGACAAAUCUGACAUGCUCAUCAUCGGCCCCAAAUCCCUCACCAAAACUGCUCACGACUCCACUCUGUCCCCAUCCGCUCACAUCCGCAACCUCUGAGUCAUUCUGGACAAUAACCUCUUUUCAACACCAUGUCAACCACAUCACAAGAACUGCUUUCUUCCACCUCAAAAAUAUUGCCCGUCUCCGUCCAUCCCUCUCCUUCUCUGCCGCUGAAACCCUGAUCCAUGCCUUCAUCACCUCCAGACUUGACUACUGUAACAGCAUCCUCUAUGGCUAAUCUUGCAAAAUUCUCAAACUCCAAUACAUUCAAAACUCUGCCGCCCGCCUGUGUACUGCUUUUAUAUUUCCUGUAUUUUAUAUUUAAACUGUUUUAUAUAAAAAUUUUUAUCCUGUAAAGCAUCUUUGAGUGCUCUGAAAAGCGCUAUACUAAAUAAAAUGUAUUUUAUAAGUAUUUCAGUAUAUCAAUACAUACACUUCUAAAGAUAGUAUAUUAUAGAAGUGUUUGCGUCCU